GGCAGAAAUACUUGGCUUCUAUAAAGAGAAGGCCAUCUUAUAAGUGGUACUAGGAACGAAUGAAAGAAUAGGUCAGAUUAGAGAGACAAAAAGGCAAUUAACUAGAAUGCAAGCUAUGUCCUCCUCCCUUCAAACUGUUCUCCUGCAGCAACAAACUGCUGUAAAACUCCUACUUGGGGUACUUGUUAUUUCGGCAGCAACAUUUGUAGCAGCAGUAGUUGAACCCAAUUCCAGCUGCAACAGAGCAUGUGGAUCGCUUGACAUCCCCUACCCAUUUGGAACAUCCGAAGGCUGCUACCUUGACUCAUCUUUUCUCAUUACUUGCGACUCCUCCUCCUCCGAGACGAGUACUCCAACACCAUUUCUGGGCAUUGGUAACAUAAAGGUACUCAACAUAUCAUUGGAUGGUGAAUUGCGAGUCCCAAGUCCUAUAGCCCGUUAUUGCCCAUACUAUAGGUUGGAUGGUCUCUUCCUGAACACGUUCCCCAUCUCGUAUACAAAGAACGUGUUGACCACCGUCGGUUGUGAAACUCUGGGGUUUAUUAAAAAUUUAGUCUCAGACAAGAAUUAUACGACAGGAUGCAUUUCAGUCUGUGAUAGCAUCGAUGGCAUGGUUAACGGUUCUUGCUCUGGCAUAGGAUGUUGCCAGACUUCUAUCCCAGUUGGAAUAAAAGAUUUAACUGUGUCAAUUCGCAAGGUCGUAUCAAACCACUCCAAUGCAAGCGAAUUGAUCAGUCCAUGUGGUUUCGCCUUUGUGGUGGAAGAAAAAGCAUACAACUUUUCGUCCUUGGAUCUUCAAAAUAUGCAAGAUAAAGAAGUUGUUCCCUUAGUGUUAGAUUGGGCAGUUGGGAACCAAACAUGCGAAGAUGCUAAAAAGAAUACUAUAGGAUACGCAUGUAAGGCAAAUAAUAGUGAAUGUUACAAUUCCACAAACGGUCCUGGGUAUCGCUGCAACUGCUCCUCAGGCUAUUAUGGAAACCCAUAUCUCUCUGGUGGUUGCCAAGAUAUUGAUGAGUGUGAAACUCCAAAUCAUGGGUGCACUGUUAAUGCAUGCGUCAACCAUGUGGGGUCUUACCGCUGUUCUUGCCCCAAGGGAUACGAAGGAGAUGGGAGGAGAGAUGGAAAUGGUUGCAGUCCUAAACGAAGCAAUUAUAGGAAUAUCGUUAUUGCCCUGGGUAUCGGCAUGAGUCUCUUGGUCUUGCUCUUGGGAGGUUUAGUACUUUUGGGAUUGAAAAGAAGGAAGCACUUGAAACUCGAAGAACAGUACUUCCAACAAAAUAGUGGCUCUGUGGACAUGACAACGCGAUAAACCAACUCUUGUAACCCCUAGAUGAUGGCUGAUAGGUAGUUAAUUAGUGCCUAAUAAUUGAUUUACAUGAAUUAAUGAGAACCAUUCAUGCAUGAACUUUUGUAUGCUUAUUAAUGUUGUGUGAUAAUGAUAUAGACUACCAAAGAUAGAUUAUUUAGUACUUUUUUUUCCUUGAUAAGUGUUAUUUAAAGGUCUUUAUAUUAUACAUUAUUCACGUGGUAUAAUUUAA